UUUACUUGUAUCUGAAGCCCUUGAUUGAUAGACAAAUUCUCCUUCUCAUAAGCACCGGGAAUGUAUACAGAAGAGUAUGGAGAAUUCUUACAUUAAUGCUUGGGUUUGAGCUAUUCCAUUUAGUUCAUCAAAAUAUAUUAUGCUAACGCAAACGUGGUAAUUUAUGCGACUUUUUAUUAGUAAGUACAGCGGCACUGACGAAUGUUUCCCCCGAACGUGCCUCUCUUGUAAUCAGUUUCCUUCCUCUACUUCAAUUCUUAACAAUGAAAUAAUGGAGGUUGUUGAGCUAACAGCAAGAGCGGCAAGAAUUCAUGCUAAUCAAUGAAAUGUGAUGUGUUUUAGGGGGAGCUUACACCAGAUAAAAUCACCUGGUGCUUUCAAAUUUCUUGUGAAUUAUGGUGUUACAUUAGUUCCUCACCGGAAGAUUAUCUUCUCAGCUUUCAUUUGUGUAGGGCCGGCCACUUGAAUAUCGAAAUAUGGAAACGUGGUUUUGGAUUCUUGGCUGGUCUCUUUCCAUCCUGACCUAUUCUGGAUAUGGAUUUAUUAUCUUCCUUGUUUGUAGAAGACGGCGGCUUCGAACAAAAACCAACGCAUUUAUAGUUUCUCUUGCUGUGGCCGGCUUUUCUACUGGGUUGACAGCUUUUCCCCCACUUUUCGUCUGUGAGGCGAUAACUGGAUGCGAUCCUAAGGCCUUCUUGGCAAGCAGGAUGGAUUAUUUAAGGUGGCUGUUCGGGUACGCAUCUGUGACAAACUUGUGCUGUUUAGUCCUUGAGCAAGAAGGCGGCUUCAAACCAAAACCAACGCGUUUGUCGCUUCACUUGCCGUGGCAGAUUUCAGUCCUGGAUCGCUACUUUCCUGUUGUGCAACCUCUCAAUUACCUAUUAUUUAUUACGCGCGAACGUGUCCCCCAGAUUAUUUUUCUUUCUUGGGCCCUUUCAGUUCUUGUUGUUUGUCCCGAUGUUGUAAUAUGGCUCGCUUUUAACGACAAUCGUUCUAGAUCUCUUCUGCUAAAUGUAAAUGUUAUUGGUACAUUCCUUCUAACUCACUCAUUCGCCUUGCGAUGCAGCUUUAUAUUCAUUUUGAAAGACGAAAAACCGUGUGAUGAUAAAGAAUAUAAAGUUCCCCUUCUUAAAUUAAACUCAGCCAUCAACCCCGUCGUCUACGCCGUCUUCAAGAGAGAUAAAUAUGGAGAUAACAAGGCAUAUUGA